GUGGGUGCGGCGGGGAUGCGCCUCCGGUUCCUGGAGGAGGGGGAUAGGGCGGUGGUCCGCGGUCAGACUGCGCCCGUCCUAGAUUCUCGUUUUGGACUUGGUGACCGAAUUGGAAGGCGAAGCGUGGAUUCCUGUCACAGCCACGAAGCCCCGCACUCUCUUCGGGGAAGAUGCCACUGACUUUUCGGGAAGAUGUGUCGGAGCAGCCAGGGGGUGGAAUAUUUGCAGGGGUGAAGUGGAUUGUGAUAUCGCGAGUCUUUUGACAUGUUGAAGUCCCUGUAGGGGCUCUUAUCUAUAUGCAUUUCAAGUAUGGACCGUGUGCCCUCUGACUUCUAACACAGGGUCGUGAAUCAGGGCUCUGAGAGCACAGAAAAAGCAGAGCCCCUCCGAGUCACCCGGGAGUACAAGUAGCCCGGCUUUUGGAGAGCACUGUCUUCUGGAGCUGGCAGUUCCAAAAGCUCCAGCCCUUCUCUGAGAGGGGGAGCAGGUGAUGGCCGCCAUGCUCCUGACAGCCUGGCCCCAGGUGAGCUGUGGCUCCUUCAGCUCUUCCUCUGAACAGUUUCACAUUGAAGAAAACUGAGAAGGGAAGCUGGUGAGCUUUGUGGUGGAAGCUGGAGGGGCCUUCCUCACUUCCGCCUGGAUCUUGUGGGAAGAGCGGUGAUGUGAAGGGAUGGAAGCAGCCAGAGAGUGUCCGUGAAGGCAGGAGUGGAGUGGCCUGCACACCGAGGUUCUUUGCUCCUCGGGUGAAUAGGGGGCAUAGAAGUUGCCCGUGGAGGGAGCUCUGUGCAUGGACGUGAUUGGAGGGGCAUUAGGGUGCCCAGGGCCCGGGCUGUAGGUGAAGAGGAGGAGGAGGACCAGAUCAUCACAAAGGGUGGCUGCACCUCUCGUUGGCUCGGGUGGGCGGUCGGCAGAAGGAAGAAGGAAGUCCUAUGGGGCGGGGUGUCUCACUGUGUCCUUAAGAGGCUUUCAGGGCUUGGGUGCAGGGGCUCCAACUUUAGGUCUCUGAUAAGAGCUCUGGACCUUCCCCCGCUCAGGAAAACAAGCAUGCAAACCAAAUUCUCCAUACAAUUUCAGGGACUUCACGGACCCCUGAAGUGCAUCCAUGGACCUCCAUGGACUACAGGUUGGGAAUAAUCAUAGUCACAGUAACUCCAGUAACAUUGUUUGAGGCUUGCUGCACUGCAGGCACCAUACUGAGCCCUUGCAUGGAUCGCUCGGUCCUGACACCUGCCCUCUGAGAUAGGUGCUGUGUUGUGCUCAUUCUGUCACAAGAGACAUGAAGGCAAAGGGGAGUAGAGUGCCUUGCCCAAGGGCCUGAGCCAUGGAAUUGGCCCUAGGGCAGCAGGAACCUGUUGUUUCAGAAGUCGGUGACCUUCGAGGAUGUGGCUGUGUACUUCACCCAGACGGAAUGGGAUGGCCUGUCCCCUGCACAGAGGGCCCUGUACAGGGAUGUGAUGCUGGAGAAUUAUGGGAAUGUGGCCUCCUUGGGAUUUUCUCUUUUCAAACCUGCUGUGAUCUCACAACUAGAGGGAGCAGGUGAGCUGGGGGGCCCAUCUCCACUGGUGGAUGGAACAGAAACAGGCCCCCAGGGCCUCUGGACUGUAGAUAUUGAUGUCCAGACUGACAAUAAUUUGAUAAAGGAAAUGUAUGAAGAAAAACAUAAUACAUCAUUUGAACUUCAGAGGGACUUUUCCCAGGACACAGACUUUUCAGAAGCCUGUAUUCUAGAGAAACAGCAGGAAGUCCAUUUAGUAGGAAGCAUAAAGAAAGAAAACUGCAGCGUCAUUGACAGAAUAGUGAAAGACGACAGCAGCCCUGAGGAGGAGUAUUUCUUUAGUCAGAGUCCAAACUUGGGUCAGUGUCACACCGUCAGCACUGGAGAGCAGCACCCUGAACUUAUAGGAUUGGAGAGAGCCUUCAGCUUUGACACAAAACUUAUUCAGCAUGAAAUAAUUAAUUCAGGGGAAAGACCUUUUAAAUGUCAAGAAUUAGUGGAAACCUUCAGGUGUAACCCUCAGCAUCAAGAUGGCUACACUGGGGAGAAGCCCUAUCAGUGUAAGGAGUGUGGCAAAGCCUUUAGCAUUAAUGCAAAAUUAGUUUGGCAUCAGAGACUUCACAGUGGGGAGAAACCCUUCAAAUGUGUGGAGUGCGGGAAAAGCUUCAGUUCCAGUUCCCAUUAUAUCACCCAUCAGAGCAUCCACAGCGGGGAGAAGCCCUAUCAGUGUAAGGUGUGUGGCAAAGCCUUCAGCGUCAACGGGAGUCUAAGUCGGCAUCAGAGAAUCCAUACGGGAGAGAAGCCCUAUCAGUGCAAGGAGUGUGGAAGUGGCUUCAGCUGCAGUUCUGCAUACAUCACACACCAGAGAGUCCACACUGGAGAGAAGCCUUACGAAUGCAGUGACUGUGGGAAAGCUUUCAAUGUUAAUGCAAAAUUGAUUCAACAUCAGAGAAUCCACACUGGAGAGAAACCUUAUGAGUGUAAUGAGUGUGGGAAAGGCUUCAGGUGCAGUUCCCAGCUGCGGCAGCAUCAGAGCAUUCACACCGGGGAGAAGCCCUAUCAGUGUAAGGAGUGCGGGAAAGCCUUCAGUAAUAACGCAAAACUCAUCCAGCAUCAAAGGAUCCACACAGGUGAGAAACCCUAUGAGUGUACCGAAUGUGGAAAAGCCUUUAGUGUCAAAGGGAAGUUAAUCCAGCACCAGAGAAUCCACACAGGGGAGAAACCCUAUGGGUGUAACGAAUGUGGGAAAGCCUUCAGGUGUAACUCCCAGCUGCGGCAGCAUCUGAGAAUCCACACCGGGGAGAAGCCCUAUGAAUGUAAUGAGUGUGGAAAGGCCUUCAACGUUAAUGCAAAACUAAUGCAGCAUCAGAGGAUUCACACUGGGGAGAAACCCUUUGAAUGUAAUGAGUGUGGGAAAUGCUUUACUUCUAAAAGAAACCUACUUGAUCAUCACCGAAUCCAUACUGGUGAAAAGCCUUAUCAGUGUAAGGAAUGUGGGAAAGCCUUCAGUAUCAAUGCCAAACUAACCAGGCAUCAGAGAAUCCACACUGGGGAGAAACCUUUCAAAUGUAUGGAAUGUGAAAAAGCAUUUAGCUGUAGUUCUGACUAUAUUGUACAUCAGAGGAUCCAUACUGGAGAGAAACCCUUUCAGUGUAAGGAGUGUGGAAAAGCCUUCCAUGUUAAUGCCCAUUUAAUUCGGCAUCAGAGAAGCCACACUGGGGAGAAGCCCUUUAGAUGUGUGGAGUGUGGCAAAGGGUUCAGCUAUAGUUCUGACUGUAUUAUACAUCAGACUGUCCAUACUUGGAAGAAACCCUAUGUGUGUAAUGUGUGUGGGAAAGCCUUCAGGUUUAGUUUCCAACUUAGUCAGCAUCAAAGUGUCCAUAGUGAAGGAAAAUCGUAAUGAGAAGGAUGUAGAAAACUCUCAAAGUUAAUGAAAUGGAUCAGGUAUCAUCAGAUUCAACGUGGUAGAAAACCUUGAGGGAAAUGAAUAUGGCAUCUUCCCAUGGAAACACAUCUUUUUCAUCUUACUUUUAAAAUCAGGAAUGAUGACUGGUUAAAAAGUAACAACCAAAAAUAAAUAGCUUGUCUUAUACCAACAACCAAUUAGAAAAUAUGAAAGAAAAGAUCCCAUUCCCAACAGCAUCAAGAAAAGUGGCUCUCCUAGGAAUAAACCUAAGUAUUACACAGGAUCUAUAUAGAGAAAGAAAUCUCCACUGAGGGCCACAAAAGGAAAAAUAAAUGGGGAGAGAGAGAAACCUUGUUCUUGGAUUGGAAGAUUCAUGUAGAUAUUCACUCUGCCUAAAUUUACUUCCCUAUUAUUUUUGACACCAAGCAUGCAUCACUUUUGUAAAAAGGAUAAACAAUAAAGAUUUCUGUAGAAAGAAAAGA